ACUUCUAUGCUUAAAGACACCGGCUCCAAACCAUUUGUCUGCAAAGACUGCAGAAGGCCCUUUGCUCGUCAGGAUGCCUUAAUACGCCAUGAAAGGCUUCACACCCGCCGCAGCAGCAAUAAGAAUACUACACCAUUAUCACCAUCUACUUCUGAGCCUACAAGGGCAGACUCGGUGUCUCCAUGGCAAGAUGGGAGUGUCCAUGGUCAUGACCGGACUGCCGCUGCUGCGAUGCAAACUCCAGCAACACAAGACCAGACAUGGAUAGGAUCCCAAUCUGAAGAUGUAUCCGGCCUGCAUCAUGGCACAGUAGGAACAGAAUUGGAUUUCGGACUAAUUUGGCCCGACGCAGAAGAACUAUUCCAAACGAUCAUGUCCUCUGAUACUACUGACCAAUGGCAGAUCCCGCUGGGGACCUUGCCAUUCCCACCAACAGUGCCACCACCGAGCGGUUUCAACCUCGACUCUCCAGGCUCGUUUGAUGAUAGAGGUUCUUCGGUAGGUGCGAUACCUUCUGGGGAAGGACAUCAAGCGGUGCACGAUGUGACAGAGAUGGUUACCAGCUCCUCCUCUAGCGUUACUGCUGCCGUAAAAGCAACGUCAAUCACAUCUGUUUUCCUUGAUGAAUGUUUGCAUAUGUUCUUUGUCCGCUUCAUCCCUACAUUUCCCAUUCUGCAUCGAGCAACCUUUGUCUUUAGAGAGUGCACGCAUCCGUUACUUCUCAAUGCUAUUGCUAUCGGGUCACUAUACUUGGGACCCAAGAAUGCAGCUGGCAAGGGAGAGGCUCUAUGGCGUCUGGCCCACACAGCUGUCGCAACUUCGUGGCAAUCAUUAAUUACACAUCGUGGUCCAUAUGAUGUAUGCAAAGGCGUCCAACUCGUGAUUACAGCCCUACUGGGCCAAGUGUACGGGGCUUUGUCCAAGAAUCAAGCAAUUCGUACUACGAGCCAGGUAUUUCGGGCGCUUGGAUUCUUCUGGGCCAGACAUUGUGGGAUGUUUGACAGCGAGCCGUGGAAUGUCGAGAACCUCCCCUCCUUAAACGCUUCCAAUGCCGAGAAGGAACAUCACUGGCGGACCUGGGCUGCCAGAGAGAUUCAACAGCGUGCGAUCUUGGCAUAUUACAUCCUCGAUGGUAUUGUGGCUCAGAUGUCUGGAGACAGCACUUCAGUCCGUCAUGUUGCUAAUCCGCUCACUCUCUCAUGUGACGAUGCCAUUUUCAACGCCAGUACAGCUGACGAGUGGAUUGUGCUGAUGCGAUCUCGGAAAACGGAGCAGCCAUCGUUCCGACUGAUCUUCCGCUCUCUGUUCUCGCCGUCUAGUAGCUCCUAUCCUCUAGAUCUCACAUUCAGCGUCCUGUCGCUCAGAGUGAUCUUGGAAGGAUUCCAGUCAUUGAUACUAGACUGUGAUGAAAACAACGUGGCUACUGUUGGUGUCCCGGCGAGAUCUGACGUGAGAAAGGCAUUAGCCCAACUGCACGAAGGCAUUGGGAUCAACACUCAUCUGUCUAGUUCCGAGAAGCUAGAGAUAUUUCUACGAUGGCAUACUAUCUGCCUGGAUACUGUCACGAACUCCUCGUUACUUUGCAGCCAGGUCUGCUCCAUCUAUGGGAUCACCCAACAUCUCUGUGGAGGGAAUAAGGCACCAAAGGCUAGGUUGGAUCUGGCCAAAUGGGCGAACAGCCGGGACGCCCGUCGAGCAUUACUGCACGCUGUUGCGAUUCAAGACAUCGUAGAGCAGCUCCCCAGGGGCAGGGCGCAUGUUAUCCACAUGCCCAGCUCUCUGUUUGCUGCCGCGAUUAUCUAUACUUUAUUUUCACUUGCGGGACUGGCCUCCGUGUGUCUUCCACGGAUGCCAGUCUGGCGAGAGGUGCUCUUAUCUCAGGGAGACGAUGACUUGGUGGUCGGGGAUAUGAUGUCUGGUUCUGAAACCAGCCGCUAUAUCCGAGGGGAACUUCGUGGUCCGACCACUGGUGGGACAACACGAAAUCUGCUGUACGAGCUGAACUCGAUGCAGAAGUUAUUCCGCUGCUUGGCCUCGCAGUGGGGAAUAGCACACGACAUGGAGGAUGUUGUCGACAAAUGGAUAUCGCUAUGCCACUGAGUUGGACAGGUACCACCAGAGAAGUUGUGGUAGUUGAGACGCUCCGCCAACGAGGGAACGCAGCCAUGCCACAAUGCAUCAGGGAUACAACAGUAUCCGACGUCAGGCACCAAUCGCUGUCGAGAGUACAGUAAAGUAGGUAUGUACCUGCAGAGUCAGAAAUUCUGUCAUUAGCAGUCCACGCCAUGGCCAGACCAAUGUAUAUAUCUGUUACCGUGGGUAUUGUACAGGCCGGAGUCUGUCCCAGGAGAGUGGAAUCAUAAAUACGCAGUUACCUUGGCAUGUC